CUCGCCUCGCCUUGCUCGCUCUUGGCCGGGCGUGCCGGGCCCCCGCCGCCGCCGCCGCCAUGUCGGGCCCUUUCGACCUCUCGGUGCAAGAUCUCAACGACCUGCUCUCGGAUGGCACUGGGUGUUACAGCCUCCCGAGCCAGCCCUGCAACGAAGUCACCCCGAGGAUCUACGUGGGCAAUGCGACUGUGGCUCAGGACAUCCCCAAGCUGCAAAAACUGGGCAUCACCCAUGUCCUAAAUGCUGCCGAGGGCAGAUCCUUCAUGCAUGUCAACACCAAUGCCAACUUUUACAAGGACUCCGGCAUCACCUACCUGGGCAUCAAGGCCAAUGACACACAGGAAUUCAACCUAAGUGCAUACUUUGAAAGGGCUGCAGACUUUAUUGACCAGGCCUUGGCUCACAAGAACGGCCGGGUGCUUGUCCACUGCCGAGAGGGGUACAGCCGCUCCCCAACUCUAGUCAUCGCAUACCUGAUGAUGCGCCAGAAGAUGGACGUCAGGUCUGCUGUGAGCAUUGUGAGGCAGAACCGUGAGAUCGGCCCCAACGACGGCUUCCUGGCCCAGCUCUGCCACCUCAAUGGCAGACUCAUCAGGGAGGGGAAGUUGAAACUGUAGGGUGCCCUCAUGGCCUCUUUUCUGGAGGUCUGACAUGGGGAGGCCCUGGCCGAGGGUGUCCCAAGCCACCAUGUUUAAGAAUAUCAGUGUCCCCCACCCCCAGAGUCACACAGCACUCGUCUAUCCCAACACAGCCCGGGGCCACUUCCCCCCUGGGGAGCACAUAAAAAAGCUUGCUGAGGAGGGCAUUCUUGUUC